AUGAUUGAUCAAAGCCAGAUCGAGUCCACUGAAGAAGAAGCGAGAAAUUUGGAAAUUCUGAGCGGCGGAAACCAGUUCAUCGUCCAAUUCGUCGAUUUCUUGCCGAUGGAAAGACCCGACUGGUUCAAGCUCACUUCGAUUUCGUUUCUAGUCAUGGAGUUCUGCGAGCUCGGAAGCUUGAGCGACUGGAUCGGGCGAAGAAAACAGCAAGGGCGAUGGACAAGCUCUGAAGAAGUGGGUUUAAUCGGCGCCCAGAUCAUUUCCGCGCUUGCUUAUUGCCACUCCAGGGAUAUUGCGCAUUUGGAUGUCAAACCGCAAAAUGUGUUCAUAAAGGGAGAUGGCAUUACUCGUACAAAACUGUCUCAAAUCCGCGGCGAAAACGAAGAAUUCAUCGACUUCGAAAUUCUUCUCCAAAAAUGCCUGAAUCCUCAAAAACCGCUUCGCCCCGAAAACGCGCUUCAACUGCGCGGCGAAGCGAUCUUUUGCGAGUUUUUGGAGCGAAUCGAAAGCGGCGAAGCUCCAAAUGAAAUCAUUGCUCCUCCAGAAGAAAUCAUAAGGAGACUCAGGGAAACCAAUGCGCAGCAGGAGGAUUUGAUUGGAGGGCAGAAGAGGAGGAUUUUGGAGUUGGAAGCGAAAUUAGGAAGAACCGACAGUGAAAAGAGGCGAAUUCGAGAGCUUGAGGGACAAAACAGGGAAAUACUCGCUGAAAACGCAAACUUGAAGCAAAAAGUGGCCGCGCAAGAAGAAGACUUGAAAAACAUUUUGGCAGAAAACGAGCGAAAAAAUCAAAUUGAAGAAAAUUUGAAAAUUGAAAAUCGAAAUCAGAAGAAACAAAUCGCGGAUUUGAAGAGAAAACUCGAUCAGUUCAAAAAUCAACGACAAGUGGCUUUAAAUGAAGGGCAACAACGAGAAGAAUUUGAUUUGAGAAGAGUUGCGGCGCCAAUUGUUCAGCCAGUUCAAAGAGUGGAAAGAAGAGUCGAUGAGGAGAGGAGAAAUGAGUUGGAGAAGAGUUAUCAGAAAUUUGAGGUCGCGGAGAAUGGAUGGAAUCUCAUAUUCAGAGGUGGUAAUAGAUUAGGAGAAAAUGGUUGGCAUCAUCUAUGGAUCUGGAGAAAAGACGGCGGAGUGCGAUUCAAGGCGGUGGUGCAAGAGAUUGCUGGUCUGAAUGGAGGCGUAUUGAGCAGAGGAGAGAUCACAAGCGAGCCGGAUGGUCAGAAGCAGAAAAUCACAUACAAGUAUAGUAGUGGUUAUAAAGAUGGAAAGCACGCAAACAUCGAUGUUGGUCAAUUUGAAACGAACCAAGGCGUGACUACCGCUUUGGAUACUGCGACUGGGGAGACUGUCAUCGUCAAAGCGAUUCUGCUCCAAAAUGCUUAUCAUUGGAAAAGUACGCAACAAGAAGCAGCAACUCUUCGAGAGCUAGAUCACGCGAAUGUGGUCCGUUUUGUCGACUUCCUCGAUCGACAAACUCCGGACUGGGCUGAGUUUGGAGCGAUGAGCUUCAUCAUCAUGGAGCACUGCGCUGGCGGCAGUCUGGUCGACUGGAUUGAGAAAAUGAAACAAGCCGGGCGACGAACAACGCUGGACGAGGCAAGAAUCAUUGCGGCGCAAAUGAUCUCAGGGCUGAGCUACUGCCAUAGAAGAAAUAAGGUCCAUCUCGAUCUCAAACCCGCAAAUAUAUUUGUGGACCGGGACUUCAUCACGGUGAAAAUCGGCGAUUUCGGAAGCGCCCAUUCAGUCCGGUCGGUGCAAGACUCAUUGACGACCUCAAGUGGGGAUGGAAUCAAAUGCACGCCCUUGUAUGCCGCUCCAGAAAUGCACAACAAGGAAGAAGACGCCAAAAAGUCGCCGCGACUGGAUGUUUGGGGAUUCGCCUUGAUUUUACAGGAAGUGCUGACUUUGGAGCAUCCUUAUGGCCGAGUCGAUGGUCAACCAGCGCUCACUGGAGAAAUUAUGGCAAACAUUCAAACUGGAAAACGGACGUCGCUGUUUGAAAUCUUCGGCGAAACGGACGAAGUCGAAGAGUUCGAAGUUCUUCUCGAAAAAUGCACAAGUGUUGAUCGAAAAAGCCGGCCGCGAAAUGCGAUCGAGCUGCGAAAUGAAGGUGUCUUCGUUGAUUUUUUGGAAAAAAUCGAAAAUGGAGAGCGAGCGAGCAACAUUGUUCCGUCACCAUUUCCAAUUGAAAAUGACGAAGUUGAGAAACUCAAGGAAGAGAUGAGGCAAAAAGACAGGACGAUUCGAGAGCUCCAAUACCGAGUUGCAAAUUUCGAUGAACUCAAGGAAGAAAGCGAAAGAAAAGCCGCGAUCAUUAAUCAACUGCAAGAUCGACUGAGCACUUUCAACGAAAUUAUGGAAGAUCGAAUAAAUGAAGAAGCUCUUGCCGCUCAAAAUCGAAAAUUCCUGGCCGAGAUCUCAAAACUGAAGCAAAAAGUUGCAGAGCAAGAAGAAGACUUCGCGGAUUUGAACAGAGAACUUGAUGAAUUCAAAAAUCGAGAACAAGCGGCUUCGAAUGAAAGACAACAACGAGGAGAAUUAGAUUUGAGAAGAGUUGCGGCGCCAAUUGUUCAGCGGCUGUUUCAGCCGAAUUUCGAAAAACUCUCCGCGAAGUUUUGGUGUGCUCAGAAGUUUGAGGCCGCGAAGAAUGGAUGGAAUCUCAAGAUCCGAGGUGGUUAUGGAAGAGAUGGUUGGCAUCAUCUCUGGAUCGGAAACAAAGACGGCGGAGUUCGAUUCAAAGCGGUCGUGCAGGAGAUUUAUGAUCGCAAUGGAAACGAGCUGAGCAGAGGAGAAGUCACAAGCGAGCCGGAUGGACAGAAGCAGAAAAUUAAAUUCAAAUGGGGAGGUUACUAUGGUUUUGUAAGAUACAACAUCACUUUACUGUAA